UGUUAACGGCGGUAAACGAAAUGAAAAACAUCAUUUUGAUGUGAAUCGAUUAAACAAGGAAUUUAUAAAUAUACUAAUUUACAAAAUACACACGUGCGAUCAAAAAGCCAACCAACAGCUUGGUUAUAGUAUUUAUUUUACGUCUAUUAAAAUGCCACGAACGAAACGUGCUCGAAGACAUAAACAAGAAGAGCAGCCCAUGGAAGAAAGUGAUUUAUUAAUAAGAGAUUUUGAACGACAGGCACAUAUGAGAAUUUUAAAAAUGGAGGCGGAAGCAAAAAUGGCAAUAAAAAGUCUUGAAACGUUUAUCGACGUUACUUUAUCCCGCCUUCCUGCCGAGAUACGAAAGAUGACUCUCGGUGAAAUACUCAGCUACGAAAGUGACAAUGAAGUUUCGUCGUCUGUCGAUGACUAUUCGUUACCGUCAGUUUCGACGACAGCGAAGGGAAAGAAAACUGUGAAAAGAAUUACUACCGCGUCCGAUGAUGGAUACGUAACCGAAGGUGUUGCUACAACACAUACAUCAAGGGCUAUGAAACCGAGGGAAACCGCAUCUACUAGAAGGACGCGUAGUAGUUCGAGGAAUAGUAAAAUGAAACUUAGUGAAAUAAAUAAAGAAACUGUAAAGAAAGUAACAAAGAAAGAACGUGUUAAAAGAUCUAUAAAUGUUGAUAACUUUAAAACCCCUGCUGUUUUGAAAGUUGAUAAUAAUCAAUUUAGUCUUGUGACUCCAAAAGUGAAACCCAAUACUCCAUUAAAUGUAUUAAGACGUCCAAGGCGAGGGGAAAUGGUGCUUAGUAUGCAGGGUAGCCCCUUAUUGGUCUCUGCAAUUGUUCAAGAUGAGACUGCCAAUAUUAAUGUGCCUUUGCGCAAUGGCAAUGUAAUAUCUUUACUACCUAAUGAUGGUUUACGUAUGUCACAUAUUCCUCCAUUAGAUGCAGAAACUAUGAAGCAGCUAGAAACUCUAAAAUGUCAUAUUGAAAAAGUAAUCUCAGCAAAAUAG